UUUUUUCUCUUGUAGAUUUGUACAGGUAAAGACAGGCUGGAUGAACUCGUCAGGCUGCUAUUUGGUCACACAUAAGAAUGUUCACUUUGCCUUUCAGCAAACAGCCACAGGUCUGUGGCUACAAGCAAGACUGGAGAGCGUAGCCUGGGAGGUGACGACGGCGGCGGCACCGGCGUCUCCAGUUUGAUCCCCUCGGUCCGCCCACGCCAGUCAAAUGGAAAACAAUCCGGUGCCCCUGAGGGUCCGCAAACCCCCGCGAUUGACCUUUUCCACCGUUGAAUGGCAAAUGGACAUGAGCAGCAGCAAUUUGAGCACUUCGGCCGCUUGCUCGGACCUGUGCUCGCGGAGAUGUCGCUGGAUGUCGCGGAUCCAAGCCACCCGCUUGACGUACGGGCUGCGCUCGCUUUUGCGCAGCAUCGCCGGCAGCUUGUCGGACUUGAGCAUCAAGGAGAUUGCGGCCGACGCGGCGGCGAGCAGCGAGCUUCUUGUCGCGGAGGACCCUGACUCGAGCCAAGAUUUCACCGUUUCCAAGGGCAUCGAAAUGGUGAAGGUGACCAUCGUGCUGGCGGUGACGCUGCUGCUGGUGGCGGUGGUGGCCAUAUUUGUGGGCGUGUACUUCGGCGCCGGCGAGGAGACGCACGUGUACCUGCGGGCGGCCGUGGCGGCUGACGCCGGGCCGUGCUCGGUGGUUGGCAGUGACACACUGAAGAAAGGAGGCUCGGCCGUGGAUGCUUUCAUCGCCGCCUUGCUGUGCGUGGGACUGAUGAACGCUCACAGUAUGGGCAUCGGUGGGGGGCUUUUCAUCACCAUCUACGACGCAACGAGCGGCACAGUGGAAACGAUCGACGCCCGCGAGACGGCGCCUCGCAACGCAACUGAGAACAUGUUUGGGAACAGCACUGAUUUGUCCCAGAAAGGAGGUUUAUCCAUCGCUGUUCCUGGAGAGAUUCGAGGUUACGAGCUGGCUCACAAGCGACACGGAAAACUUCCUUGGAAGGAUUUGUUCCAGCCGAGCAUUGAUCUGGCGGAGGGAGGAUUUCCUUUAGGCAGGGCGCUCGCCUCUGCUCUGGCGCGACAUAAGGCGACCAUCAUCAAUGACACAGCCUUGUGCGGGGUUUUCUGCAGCGCCGGCGGCGGCGGCGAGGUCUUGAAAGAAAAUGAUACCAUCAGGUUUCCCGAGCUUGCAAACACUUACAGGAGAAUAGCAGAAGGGGGCGCUGAUGCCUUCUACCAUGGGGAAAUUGCAAAGACUCUGGUAGCAGAUAUUCAGGCUGCAGGCGGAAUCAUCACAAUGGAGGAUCUGAGGGAUUAUGCGCCCGUCUUGGAUGAGAAGCCUUUGAGCGUGAACGUGGGGGAGUACACCAUGUCGGUUCCCAACGCCCCCGCCAGCGGCCCUGUGCUCUCGCUGCUAUUAAACAUCUUGAAUGGGUAUAACUUGACGUCCGAGAGCGUGUCGAGCACCGAGAACAAGAUUCUGACGUACCAUCGCAUUACGGAAGCCUUUCGCUUCGCCUACGCAAAGAGGACCUUGCUGGGAGACCCCGCCUUCCUUAACAUCACAAAUCUCAUCGAGAACAUCACCUCACUGUCCUACGCCAACGAGCUCCGAGAAAAGAUCACGGACUGGACGACUCAUAACAUGAGCUACUACGAGCCCGAGUUUUACCUCCCCGACAACCACGGCACCUCGCACCUCUCUGUGGUGGCGGAGGACGGCAGCGCCGUGGCGGCCACCAGCACCAUCAACCAAUUUUUGGGCUCCAAAGUCAUGUCGGCGUCAACGGGAAUCCUCCUCAACAACGAGAUGGACGACUUCAGCUCCCCGCUCAUCACAAAUGGUUUUGGAGUGCCUCCAUCGCCCAAUAACUUCAUCAGGCCAGGGAAAAGGCCCAUGUCCUCCAUGUGUCCAACCAUCCUCUUCGACAAAGACCGCAAAGUGAAGAUGGUGGUGGGCGGCUCCGGCGGUACGAAGAUCACUACCGCCAUUGCUCAGGUGAUCCUGAAGGCGCUGUUCUUCGACUACGACCUGAAGAAAGCCGUGUCCGACCCGAGGCUCCACAACCAGCUGAGUCCCAACGCCACUGUGGCCGAGCCCGACUUUGACAAACUUAUCAUGGAGGGUCUGGCGAAGAAGAACCACGUGAUCGAAUUUCUCAAGUCGUCCGGAGCCGUGGUGCAGGCGGUGGUCCGCUACGAGGACGGACUCCACGCUCAGUCGGACCCUCGCAAGUGGGCGUACGCCGCGGGCUAUUGAGCUCACCCGCAUGACGCCAACGUAAUCGGAGAUGAAGAUUCGAGACUCUUGGGACGACUGCCAGUUGUCGUUUUUGCACCAAACGCUCUCCCAAUAAGUUUAUUUGAUUAAGAUUGUCAGGACCAGCAAAAUCUAACUUACUCCUGGUGUGUCCGCUCAAUUCGGACGUCGCGUGUCUGUGUGUGAACGUUUCAUGUGAAGAUUCACAAAGCCCCCAAACUGAAUAAAGACCCCCCCCCCCCUUGCUGAACAUCUUGGCAAUUAGCCAUCACGAAGACAAGGAGACAAUGGAGUCUGGCUGUUUCAUGCCUCCAAGGCCCAAUUAAGCACCACCUCAGGUCCACGCACGCAUUGCUAAUUUGAAGAAAAAAGGUUGCUCUAAUAUUUUUUCCCAUGACUGUAUUAGUCUCAUGAAAUUAUAUUCAUUUGCUGACAAGUGUCUAAUCACUUAGGUCCUGUCUUCUUAUUAUUUUUCAAUUUUUUUUUUUUAGAUUUCUUUUUUGUUCAGACAAAUGAUUUUUUUUCUCCCCGGUAAAGUGAUAAUCUCUUAAUUUCAUAGCAUUUAUCGUGUCUGUAUUCCUUCUACAACCCCAAUUCAAAUGAAGUCGGGACGUCGUGUUAAACAUAAAUAAAAACAAACUGAUAAACUUGA